AUGGGCGACGCAGCUAUUCCCAAACCCCGAAUCCUUGUCGUCUUCGGUCAAGACUUUGCGGAGUCUUUCGUGGGCGACGUCCGGAGCAAAUUCCCGGAUGCUGAGGUUAAUUUUCUGACGCUGCAGUCGGAGGAUCGAAUUCCAGCUGGUGAGUGCACCAUAGCCUCAAUUGUCCAUAUCUGCAUCGCCUGCGGUCGACCUAACAAGAUCAAAGAUAUUGUGAAAAAGUCCAACAUCAUCGUGACCGGACGCAAUCUCCCCGAGCCCGAAGAUGCCAAACAUAUCAAGUUCAUACACUUCUUCUCGGCCGGUCUAGACAAAGUCAUCCAUGAUCCGGUGCUUACCGACUCCGCGGUCCCCGUAACAACAAGCUCCGGUAUUCAUGGCCCUCCAAUCGCAGAAUGGACGCUGUUGCACUGGCUCGUCGCAUCGCGCAAAUACAACAUCACGUAUGAGAACCAGAAGAAGCACAUCUGGGGUUCGGGCAAUGAUUAUGCCAGCGGGAUCCAGGACCACGUUGGGAAGAAAGUCGGUAUCCUCGGCUACGGGAGCAUCGGACGACAGAUCGCCCGAGUCGCCGUCUCCCUAGGCCUCACCGUCUACGCAUACACUGCGUCCCCUAAACCAACCCCUGAAUCCCGCCGCGACCCGCACUACAUCAUCCCCGGCACCGGCGACGCCGACGGCACGCUCCCAGCAUCCUGGCACCAUGGGACGUCCAAGGAGUCCCUGCACGAGUUCCUUUCCUUAGGUCUCGACCACGUCGUCGUCUCGCUCCCUCUAACACCCUCAACAACGCACAUCCUCGGCGCCGAGGAAUUCGCUGUCUUAGCGUCAAACAAGAACCCGAAACACCGCAACCCGUAUUUGACUAAUAUCUCACGAGGGAAGGUCAUUGACCAAGACGCGCUGAUUGCAUCGCUCAAGUCCGGCGAACUUAGUGGUGCUGCCCUGGAUGUUACGGAACCCGAGCCCCUGCCGCCGGAUAGCGAGUUGUGGGACGCGCCGAAUGUCCAGAUUAGCCCGCAUGUUAGUGCCUUUGGCGAGGAGUACUUUGUGCGCUCGUUUGAUGUUGUCAGGGAGAAUUUGGAUAGGGUGAGGGAGGGACUGCCGCUCAUUAAUGAAUACAAAAGGGGGAGAGGGUAUUGA